GCCAGCUUGACACUUAUUUAAAUUCAAGAUAAUUUAUUGUUACAUAUCGUUAAAUAGUGAUUUCAGUAAUGUGAUCUCAAGUUACUGUAAUUAAUUAAAAAAAUUUAAACGAUUAUCGAUCGAUAAUUUUGCACCUCCGAAACAACGUUGCUUAGCAACUAAUAAUCUUUACCAUCAACAACAUUCUACGUUUAGUGAAAGGGAAAAUCAACAAUAUUACCUUACCAAUAUUCUGUUUUUGGUGUGGUAAUAAAAAUACGGAGGGAUUUUGUUAAAAAAACCCUGACAAAUGGCUGAUGAACUCGAAAAAGCAUUUUUAUAUUACGAUGAUAUCAAUAAAAUCAGAGUUGUUGACAAUACCGUACUGAAGGAAACGGAAGACUUGAAAAAUAAUUGCAAAGAAUAUGAAACAAAAGUAGAAGAUUUUAGUAAACUUAUAACUUCAAUACUUGCAACUAUGAGUGAACUAGGAGAAAACGUAGAAAAACAGAAAAUGGCUGCCAUUGGAGCUAUAAACUUGCUUAAAUCUGUUACCAAAGAAAAGGAAAAUGAGCAAGCCAAAUUACAAGCAGAAAUUACAUACAAAACCUCGGAGUUGGAGCAACUCGACAACGAAUAUGACGCACUGCAAAUUCUAGAAGCGACCCAAAACGAGACAAUUGAAUAUCUCACUCAAUUGAGAUAAUAUAAAUGUGGACAAUUAAAUUAUCUUAAAGAAAA